AUGCACUCCCGGUACCUUGUCUCUGGUCUUCCCAGGGUCCUCCCUCCCCUCCCACCCUCGCCAGCUCCUCCCUGUCUUCCCUGUGUCGAGGGGCGGCAACGCGCCGCUCCUCACUCCUCCUCGUUUCCCCCGACGACUGCUCCUUUGCAGACGCUCCACAUGGACGUGUGGGGCCCAGCCCGCGUCCGUGGUCAGGGUCAGGAGAGGUACUUCCUGAUCGUUGUAGACGACUACUCGCGCUACACCACGGUCUUCCCCUUGCGAGCCAAGGGUGAGGUCCCUGAUGUUUUGAUCCCUUGGAUCCGCAGAGCUCGUCUCCAGCUCAGCGAGCGUUUCCGCUCGGACUUUCCUGUCCUGCGCUUGCACUCUGACAGAGGUGGUGAGUUCUCCUCCGACCUCUUGGCAGCCUACUGUGCUGAGCACGGCAUUGAGCAGUCGUUCACGCUUCCGGCCUCUCCACAGCAGAAUGGGGUUGCGGAGCGCCGCAUUGGCCUGGUCAUGGAGGUCGCUCGUACCUCCUUGAUCCAUGCGGCUGCCCCCCACUUUCUGUGGCCGUUUGCGGUCCGGUACGCUGCGCAUCAGCUCAACCUCUGGCCCCGUGUCUCCUUGCCGGAGACCUCGCCCACACUGCUGUGGACGGGGGAGGUUGGCGAUGCGUCACGUUUCCGGGUCUGGGGAUCUCGAGCUUUUGUCCGCGAUUCGUCUGCGGACAAGCUCUCCUCUCGUGCUGUUCCCUGCGUCUUCCUCGGCUUUGUUCCGGACGCGCCUGGUUGGCAGUUUUACCACGCCACCUCGCGCCGGGUCUUGCCCUCUCAGGACGUCACUUUUGACGAGUCUGUCCCCUACUACCGCCUCUUUCCCUACCGCACUGCCCCGCUCCCACCCCCGCCUCUCUUCCUCGCGCCAGGUGCUGCUGUCGUAGACCCCCUCCCCCCUCAAGGUGCCGCUCCCUCAGGUGUGUCUCAGGUAGACCCGGUCGAGCCUGUUGAGGUUGCUGUCGACUCUCGUCCUGCUGGGGGUGCUGAGCCUGGGGCCUGGGGGUGCUGA